CUCUACUUGGGCCUGCCCCGGGCAGCCAUCUUGGAGGGUCGCGGCGGCCGGACUUGGGGAGCCGCGUCUGAAGGAGACAAGGCGCCGCCGCCGCCGCCGGGUUGCGAAGCUGACUCCGGCGCCCGCUCUCCUCCUUCCCCUUCCCCCGCCCCGAGCAAGAGGACCGGAGCCCCGCAGGGAGAGAUGAGCAGCGCCAGCAACAAGCGCGCCCCAACCACGGCCACCCAGCGACUCAAACAGGACUACCUGCGCAUCAAAAAAGACCCAGUGCCUUAUAUUUGUGCUGAGCCCUUGCCAUCCAAUAUCCUUGAGUGGCAUUAUGUUGUACGAGGACCUGAAAUGACACCAUAUGAAGGUGGCUAUUACCAUGGGAAGUUAGUUUUCCCCAGAGAAUUUCCUUUUAAACCUCCUAGUAUUUAUAUGAUAACACCAAAUGGAAGAUUUAAAUGCAAUACGAGGUUAUGUCUUUCCAUUACUGAUUUCCACCCUGACACAUGGAACCCGGCUUGGUCAGUCUCCACCAUCUUGACAGGCCUUCUUAGUUUUAUGGUUGAAAAAGGGCCCACUCUGGGCAGUAUAGAAACAACAGAAUUUACAAAGAGGCAACUGGCUUCGCAGAGUUUAGAAUUUAACGUAAAAGACAAAGUCUUUUGUGAAUUGUUUCCUGACAUGGUGGAGGAAAUCAAGCAGAAGCAGAAGGCGCGAGACGACCUGCACAGCCGGCCGCCGACUCUCCCACUUCCGGACGUCAUCCCUGACGGGGAAGCUCAUCACGGCCAGAACGGCCUGCUGAUUCUUAACGGGCACCCGCCUUUGGCUGCGGCUAACAACCCCCUCGGCCUCCAGCAAGCCAACCGCCGCCACGGACUCCUGGGUGGAGCGUUGGCGAACUUGUUUGUUAUAGUGGGCUUUGCGGCCUUUGCGUAUACAGUGAAGUAUGUCUUGAGGAGCAUUGCGCAGGAGUGAGACACUUUGGAUUUCUCCUUCUCCUCCCGAGUCUGGGUUCUGAGACCAAAACAACAGUAGUGGCAGGAAGGAAACGAACAAAACAUUUGGGACUGUGGGUCUCAUACUCCCGACUGUGGGCUAAAUGCUGUGAUGUGUACAGGGUUUUUUUUAAUUGCUGGUCUGGCUCGUGAAUUAGUUUUGUGGGAGAGGAGGGAAAAACCCCGUUUGGGGUUGAAACGGAUGUGAUUGGGAUGGAGCAAGGAAGAGGACAAACACACUGCCUCCCAAGAAGGAAAAAAGAUCCCUUUCCUAAACAGGCAAAUUGCAAGACCUAAAGUUACUGGCCUACAAAAUUCCUGUGUUAAUAUAUAUUUUUUUCCCAAUGCACUGUGAACCAGUUCUAACAUCCUUGGGGCUCUUGAGAACUUGUGUAGAAGUAUCUGCUUUGAGGCAACGUGGGAUUUUUGGCGAUAGGGAAGAUGGGGCGGGUGAAGGUGGGAAAGCCUGGGCAGCGCUUGCCCAUUUUAGUCCUGGGUGGGUAGAUCUGUGUGCCUAGAGGAGAAGCUGAGGAGCAGGGUAGAGGAAUAAGGAACACACCUGUUUCCUUUCUUAAGGGCCCCUUGGAUCGCCUUGCUUGACGUGUUGGGGUUUGCUGCGGAACACGCCCCGAGACCGAGCAGAUGUUUGUAUAAAAACUAGAUCCUUGAUGAAUCAUUUUGCAUAUUAAGCUGCCCAAUGCUGGAGAGUGAGACUUAAGAGCUAGUUCAUUUUUUAAAAAUGGAGUUUGAAGCGAGGGUAAGCAUAAUGCUUCGGCUCUUUCAAUCGACACUGAGCCCCCCCCCCAGCUUUUAGUUAGGAAUUUUGGUGCUAACGGAGGCAGCCUGGGGUUCCCCUAAAGAGAUGCUUUUCCCACUCUCCCUGGCAAUCAUGAUGGCCAGAGGCCCCUUCCCGAGUAACAUGGUGUGUUUCAAAGCGGACACAUUCUUUGCCCAACUUGUCAUAAUAAUGUGCGGUUUUUCUCUUUAAUUCUGGCCCAAGAGAAUCUUGCAGAGCUGCCCUUUAGAGAGAGAGACACGGCAUUUAAACGGCUGCGGCUGUUCAGCUCCCCUUGGCCUUUUGAUGACCGUUCCCCCCCCCACAAAAGAUUUAAAAGUUCGGCGUUCUGUGUUCUAUUCUUUCCAAAGGACCCCGUUUCAUGACUUGCGGUUUCAGGUUGCAAUCAUGCGGUUUUGUAAUUCGUCUCCAGGCGUCACCGUAGAGGAGGAGGAGAAUGAAAGCGUCAAGCCCAAAGUGGGUUGCUUGGGAAGGAAUUUUCAGUGGGUUCCUUGGCAUCAGUCAUAGGCGCUCUCUUGGAGCGAAUCGGCUCAAGUUGCAGGCAUCCGAAGCAGGGGCCGCUCCUCGCCUGGCAAAGACUGGUCCCCCAAGGAGGCAGAUUUAGCCUAGCAAGGGUGUGUUUGCGCGGGAAGUUAAACAUGUAUGUUCUGACAGGUGAUUUAAAAAAACAAAAACACCACUUAAUUCUCAAGCAGAACAGCUGGACUUUUAGCCCUCCCCACUCUGUGGAAGGGAAAGAAACCCCACAGUUGUGCCUGUGGGAUUGGUAGGGUUGUCCUGUCCAUCCAACCAACCCACCCAGUGUUUCUCGACCGCAGCAACUUUAAGAUGGGUGGACUUCAACCCCCAGAAUUCGCCAGCCAGCCUUGCUCUCCCCUUGCUGGCUGGGGAAUUCUGGGAGUUGAAGUCCACCCAUCUUAAAGUUGCUACGAUCUAAUCUCUCUGGCAGGCUUGGGGUUACUGACGCGCCAGAGGCUGGAAUGGUUUGAAUCAAUUGCAAAAAACCUUCUCAUAGUCGAAAACAAAAGAAAAAGAAAGGAAAUCCUAAGCCCAACCCACCUAGCAUAGUUUCCCUACUAUCACCCACCCACCCCAAACAGAUAGGUAUUGCCAAGGUUGAAAGAACCCUGUACUUCUAGAUAUGUCUUUUUAAGCUUUUCCUUUGUUCAACGGUAUUUUAAAGCUGGUAUUUCUCCUUCCUUCCUUUUGGUUAAGUUCUAAGUUACCGGUUUUAUUCCUCCUUUUUGUAUAGUUUUUUUCCCCCCCGACACCCAUAGACAAAACGAAUUGGAAGUGUUGACUUUUAAGUUUUACGGGAUGAUUUGGAGUACCUGGGGAGGAUUGGGAAACGUCAACCAGAAAGGAUUGAUUAAAUCCAUAAGCUGUUUGACUUGGGUGACGAGUGAAUAUCUGCUUUUGACCAAUUUCUCUGCGAACAGGUAUGGUUUGGUUGUAACUCACCAAAUAGCUCUAUCAGUGAACAAACAUUUAUUAAAAUAAACCUUAAUGUCAGCGUA